AAAGAAAUGAAAAUUCAGUAAAAUUUUUUUAUUGAUACCUUAAAGAAAAUAAAAAAUAAUAAAGAAUUUACUGAUUGGGAUUUUUUUUUUCGGUUCGGAAAGAUUACAGUGUAAUCUAAUUUCAUUAUUACACGUACGUAAAAGUGACGACUAAAAUCUUACGUGUCACUUUCAUCUCUUUCUCCCUCUUUCUCCCCCAAUAUAAUCCCUCUCUUUUUCUCUCUCUUCAUUCUCCCCUCUUUCUUCGAACCUCUGUAAGUAAAACCCUAAAUCAAGAACACAAGAUAAUAAAUUAUUAAAAUAUUAUCAUCGUCGUCUCCCUUUUUUGUUCUUCUUUUCACUACACCCAUUUUUUUUUUUUGCAAAAAUCGAUCGAUGCUGCUUCCGUACAAUCAUUCUCCCGCUCCUCCUCCUCCGCCGCCGCUUUGAACUGUUCCCUUCCCGUUUAACAGCUUUGACCCCGCGGGAUUCUUAUUUCUCUUAUUCAUUCAUUUAAUUUUCGUUUUUAGCGUAAUUGUUCCAGAUUGGCCUCAUUUCUAGGGUUUUCGCGCGGGCAUUUGGGGAUUUUUUGUUGGGUUAGUAAGGCUGGCGAUUCUUGCCGGAGGGUGGUUGUUAUUAUAGCUGAAUGGCAGAUGAUCGGCGCCAGCAACUACAAUCGACUGCCUUUACCGCCGCCGUUGGAUCAUUGUCUUCGGAAGUAGUAGUGCUGGUAAUAAAAGGGUUUUGUAAUUGUGAAAAUUUUGGAGUAGGAGUUGCUGCAGAAGAAUGCUGAGUGUGCUUAGAGUGCACCUUCCUUCCGACAUUCCUAUUGUGGGCUGUGAGCUCACUCCUUAUGUUCUCGUUAAGCGUCCUGAUAAGUCCGUUUUCACUGAUGAUAUUCCGGAGUCUUCCCCUCUCGAUGGCCACUUCUUGAGAUAUAAAUGGUAUCGUAUACAAAGUGAUAAAAAGGUUGCUAUCUGCAGUGUUCAUCCAUCUGAACAAGCAACAUUACAGUGCCUUGGGUGUGUCAAAGCGAAAAUACCUGUUUUGAAGAGUUACCAUUGUUCUCCUAAAUGUUUUUCGGAUGCUUGGCAACAUCAUCGCGCGUUGCAUGAACGUGCAGCAAGUGCGGUUAACGAAAAUGGGAAUGAGGAAGAAGAAAUUUUUGGGCGCUUCAAUAGCACGGGUUCUGGUGUAACAAACUUGGCCAGCUCGCAGGCAAAUGCUGCACCUGUGUAUCCCACAACAAUAACACAGAGAGGUGGUGAGACGUGGUUUGAAGUAGGGCGUAACAAAACUUACACGCCGACAGCCGAUGAUAUUGGGCACGUUCUUAAGUUUGAAUGUGUUGUAAUUGAUGCUGAGACGAAACAACAGGUUGGGCAUUCCAGUACGUUGAAUACUUCUCGUGUAAUUCCGGCCCCAUCUCCUACUCCUCGUCGCUUAAUUUCGGUUAGUGGAGUUGAUAUUCCGGGGCAUCUGGAUUUGGAUGGUCGCCUUUCUUCAGUCGGGACUUUUACUGUGCUGUCGUACAAUAUUUUGUCGGACUCGUAUGCUUCGAAUGAUUUAUACACCUACUGUCCUUCUUGGGCACUUUCUUGGACUUACCGGCGGCAGAAUCUUUUACGCGAAAUUGUUGGUUACCAUGCUGAUAUUGUUUGUCUCCAAGAGGUUCAAAGUGAUCAUUUUGAGGAAUUCUUUGCUCCUGAGCUGGACAAACAUGGUUAUCAAGCUCUGUAUAAAAGAAAAACCGCUGAGGUCUUUAAUGGAAAUAUGAAUGCGAUUGAUGGUUGUGCUACUUUCUUCCGCCGAGAUAGAUUUUCACAUGUCAAAAAAUACGAGGUUGAGUUCAACAAAGCAGCUCAAUCAUUGACCGAUGCUGUGGUUCCAAGUGCUCAGAAAAAGACGGCUCUGGGUCGACUAAUAAAGGAUAACAUUGCACUCAUAGUGGUUCUGGAAGCAAAGUUUAAUAACCAGGGACUCCUUGAAAAUCCAGGAAAGCGACAACUUGUUUGUGUGGCUAAUACGCAUGUCAACGUUCAGCAGGAUUUGAAGGAUGUCAAGCUUUGGCAGGUGCACACUUUGUUAAAAGGAUUGGAGAAAAUUGCUGCAAGUGCUGAUAUACCUAUGCUUGUGUGUGGGGAUUUUAAUUCUGUUCCUGGAAGUGCCCCGCAUGCCCUUCUUGCCAUGGGGAAAGUUGAUCCAAUGCAUCAAGAUUUAGCUGUUGACCCUCUCGGAAUCCUUCGCCCCCCCACCAAACUUACACAUCAACUGCCAUUGGUUAGUGCAUACUCGUCGUUUGCUAGAAUCGGGGCUGGUCUCGGUUUGGAGCAACAAAGGAGGAGAAUGGAUCCUACCACAAAUGAACCUUUAUUUACAAACUGCACCCGGGAUUUCAUUGGAACAAACGAUUAUAUAUUCUAUUCGGCGGACUCGUUAACCGUGGAAUCUCUGUUGGAACUCUUGGAUGAGGAUAGUUUGAGAAAAGAUACCGCACUUCCUUCUCCAGAGUGGUCCUCUGAUCAUAUAGCACUUGUAGCUGAAUUCCGUUGCAAGCCUAGAACAAGACGCUGACAUUUGGUAGGCUACUACACUUUUUAUCUCUCAUCUAUCCUCUUCUGAUCAACAUUUUUUAAAUCUUGGUAGACAGAAGACUUGGAUAAUGCUCUUAAGAUGGAUUAUACUUGUAUUUAUGGCUUAAAUGAAUGCUGGCAAAAUACAUUCUUCAGUUGUGUGUAUGGUUUUGUUUUGAAUGAUUUGGAUCUUAGAGUUGUAGGAUAAGUAUUCCAACAUUGCAGUUCUGAUAGCUAUUCUCCGGAGUUCACAUGUGUAUUAAUUUUCAAGCACGUUAUUCUUUAUACCAUUGCAGAUCUGAUGACUUUGCUCCAGUGUUCGCAUAAGUAUUGGUUUUCAUGCACGUUAUUCUUAGUCAAAAGUUAGGACUCCCUUUCUCUCUGACACUGGGUAUUCAUGUUGUGAUUUGUAUGGUCUCUUAUUUGCCUAAAAUUGUGGUCAAUUGCAGGUGUUUUUUUGGUGGAGGGAUAUCAGAAAUAGAAACAAAGACAGUCAAUUUGUAAGAAUAGUAGAAUGAUGUGGCUUUACUGUUGUUUUCCAUUAGGUUAUCAUCCCCUGAGUGAGGGUCCUUAGUCUUAUGUUCUUUGUAUCAUCACGCAAUCUUUGUCCUUAUAGUGAAAUCAAUUCUCAUGUCGUAAUAGAGACCUUUUUUUAUAUAUAUUUUUAUUUUUGUUUUUAAAAUAGAAAUAGAAUUUCGAAUACAAUCCAUUAUAGUGCAACACUGCCAGCCUUUUUUCCCUUGUGUUUUCUGGAUUUCUUCGUAUUGGUUAGGUACAUUGUGCAUCUUUCGACACUUGCCGGGAAAGAUUCAUUGAAUUGGCAAGUGAUUGGGAAGUAUGCUUUAUGCAUACUUUCCGUGAUAACCUCUGCGCUGACGCUCUUGCAAAAGAGGCUUUAGGAAUCUCGUAAGGGGCAUAUAUUUUUUUUGAUCCUUCCUUUAUUUCUAUGUUCAUGGAGAACGACCUCUUAGGUUACCC